GGUUCACGGGAGUGCAACGGAGAGUAAACAAACCGCUUGUGUGUGCGUCAUUUCUUCAUUUUUUUCCACGGGAAUUUUGGCUUCUGUCAGAGGUGAAGUAUGGCAGAUGAUUGGAAGUCAAACGCUUUCCGUCAGAGGAUCAUUACCCAGCUGGAGGAAUUGAUACGGCAGACACCAGCAGGCAACCAGAAGUCUGCUCAUGAUCUAGAACUUCAUGUCUUUCAGAGAUCAUUAAAGCGAGAUGAUUAUUUGCAGCUUAUUGGUCGUUUGGUGUCCCACAUGCGGGAAGUAGCCCAAAGUAAUACUAAUCCACAGACAAGUAACCCACAAUUAGCUGCUGUAUUAGCAGGCCAACAGGUUCCAGCUGGUCAGAUGGUUGGGACACCAAUGACAGGACCGGGUGGACCAGUAACAGGUGGUCCAAAUGCUACAAUCAUAACUGGACAAAAUAUUCAGAAUUUGCAGGGAGGGCCAAGAAUGGGUCAGCCCAUGAUGCCAAACCUUCCUAAUCAGGCCAAUGAUAUUCCUAAUUGGCCAGGAAAUAACCACCAGCGAUUAUCGGAUAUUCAGAUGGCAAACAAAAAACAGCAAGGUAUAACUAUUAAUCAAAUGAGUGGACAACCUGGCAAGAUUAACACUAUCCAGAUGACUAUUGGCCAGAACAUGCAGACACCACAGAUAGGACAGUUCACUGGUCAGAUGGUUGGCCGUGGUGGAGGACCCACACCAAGUAGUGCCUCCCCUGCACCCUCUCUUUCGGCACCAAGCAAUCUUGUGUCUCCUUCACCAUCAUCCAACAUGGUUCCCUCACCUGCUGGACCCAACAGUGCAGGGAUGGGCCGAGGUGCCAGUCACAUUGGGGCACCCUCACCUGGUGGAAUAAUCAACACUCCUGGUCAGAUUCAGCAACCAUCACCUGCAGCUCAGGGUAUGACUAACAGUCAGGCUGAAGAAGCAGCCUAUAGAGAAAAAGUGCGGCAACUCAGUAAGUAUGUAGAUCCCCUACGCCGUAUGAUUCAAAGAAUUGGGAAUGAAGAUGCGGAAAAAUCAUGCAAGAUGAAGCAGUUGCAUGACAUGUUGCAAAAUCCCCAAAGGCGAAUGCCCAUGGAAACUCUACUGAAAUGUGAACAAGUGUUAGAAAAACUAGAAAUUCAUCGUGAUGCAGAGGUACCCCCAAGCAUGGAAAAUCGCAUUGCAGGAAUGACAGAAUCUGUAACAAAUGCACUGAAAUCUCCCUGUGCUGCUCACACUCUUCAUCGUACGAUAUCACCAGCUCUGUCUGUUCUUUUAGGGCCAAAUCUCACUACUAAUCCAAUUAAGCCAGUGAAGCGAGAUAACCCUCUGCAGCCUCCACCAGAAACCCCGAAUAUUAGUGAUGUUAUUCAGGGUGAAGUGGCUCGUCUCAAUGCACGCUUCAGGGUCAACUUAGAUUGUCAACAGCCACCUGGGAGUGAUGACCUGACACUGAUCUGCCAGUUGGAUGACCCAAAUUUACCAUGUGUACCACCAAUUACCUUAACUGUCCCUGCAGGCUAUCCCCUGAAGCCUCCACGAUGUGAUUUACUAGCUGUAGAUUAUGAAACAACUGACUUCCUAAAGAGUGCAAGGGAGAGCAUGAUGGUUCGGCUGCGCAACAUGCCCCCACACUGUAGCCUCACCAUGAUGCUCCAUAGUUGGGAAAUGAGUGUACGUCAGGCUUGCUCACCAAAGCAGUCUGUGACGUCUGCUGUUGCCUCAGCACUUGCUAUGACUGCUGGAUUUUAAAGAAAAUUGGACACAGUUGGGUUAUAUCUCCACAAAUAUAUAAGUGGAAAUUUCAAAUUGACUGUUAUUAAGAUCUAUCCACUGCAGUUUGGUAAUUACUAGAUAGAUAUCAAGUUUACUCAAAUUUUGCAUGCUUCUUUAAAUGUAAAACAUCUACUAAAUAUGCAUAUUGUUGCUGGCUGAACAUUAAUAUUAUUGUAUUCACAAAGAUGCUAGGUCAGUAAGAAAAUGAUAGGUGAAUAUUUUUUUAGGUAUGUAUACUGUACCUGGAUCACUGUGGUAUAAUCAAUGUGUGGUUUAUAAUGUAAUAGGCUGCUGUGUAGUCUUGCACAGUAAGACUUCCUUUUUUACAUAAUACAAUACAUUUUUUGUGUCA